AUGGAGACACUAAGCUGGUUCUGCAGGACAGACAACGGCAUGAAGGUAAAGAUGUCUCAGGUGAAGCAGGUGGGACUGCUAGCUGCUGGAUGUCAACCCUGGAAUAAAGAUGUGUGUGCAGCGAGUGGAGACAGAUUCGCUUACUGCGCUACACUUGCUAUAUACGUCUACCAGCUGGACCACAGAUACAACGAGUUCAAGCUGCGUGCCAUCAUGUCCGAGCACAAGAAGACCAUCACGGCCAUCUCAUGGUGUCCACACAACCCCGAGGUGUUCGCCAGCGCCAGCGCAGAUAACCUGCUGAUCAUCUGGAACGUGGCCGAGCAGAAGGCCGUCGCUCGCCUUGACAACACUAAAGGUAUUCCUGCUUCGAUAAGCUGGUGCUGGAACACGGGUGAUAGUGUAGCGUUCGUCUCGCACCGCGGCCCUCUGUAUGUGUGGUCCAUUUCCGGGCCGGAUUCGGGCGUCACCGUACACAAAGACGCUCACAGCUUCCUGUCAGAUAUCUGCGUGUUUCGUUGGCAUCCGGUCAAAAAGGGCAAAGUGGUGUUCGGACAUACAGACGGGAGUCUGUCCAUCUUUCAGCCAGGCUCGAAGAAUCAGAAGCACGUGCUGCGUCCAGAGUCUCUGGAAGGAACGGAUGAGGAGGAUCCGGUCACUGCGCUCGAGUGGGACCCUCUGAGUACAGACUACCUGCUGGUGGCAAACAUGCACAACGGCAUCAGGCUACUCGACUCUGAUUCGCUGUCCUGUGUGACAGCGUUCAGUUUACCAAGUGCAGCCGCGUCCGUACAGUGCCUGGCGUGGGUGCCUACUGCACCGGGCAUGUUCAUUACAGGGGACUCUCAGGUUGGCGUGUUGAGAGUGUGGAACGUAUCGAGAACGACACCGCUGGACAAUUUCAAACUGAAGAAGACGGGAUUCCACGCUCUCCACGUGUUAAAUUCUCCACCAGCAAAGAAAGUUUCAAGCUCAGUUUCCCCGUCUAAGAACCACUACAUGUCAUCUACGAGUGAGGCCGUUCCUCCUCCGACUCUCUCACAGAACCAGGCGUUCUCUCUGCCACCCGGACACGCCGUCUGCUGCUUCAUGGACGGAGGAGUCGGCCUCUACGACAUGGGGCUGAAGAAGUGGGACUUCCUCCGGGAUUUGGGUCAUGUAGAAACCAUAUUUGACUGUAAGUUUAAGCCGGACGACCCGAACCUGCUCGCUACAGCCUCCUUUGAUGGGACGAUCAAAGUAUGGGACAUUAACACUUUAACGGCGGUGUACACGUCUCCCGGCAACGAAGGAGUCAUCUACUCGCUCUCCUGGGCUCCUGGAGACCUGAACUGCAUAUCAGGAGCCACGUCCAGGAACGGAGCGUUCAUCUGGGACGUGAAAAAGGGCAAAAUGAUCACAAGAUUUAACGAGCAUGGGAAGAACGGUAUCUUCUGCAUCGCAUGGAGCCACAAAGAUUCCAAACGUAUCGCCACGUGCAGUGGAGACGGCUUCUGUAUCAUCAGAACCAUUGAUGGUAAAGUGCUGCAUAAAUAUAAGCACCCUGCAGCUGUGUUCGGGUGUGACUGGAGUCAGAAUAACAAAGACAUGAUUGCGACUGGAUGUGAGGAUAAAAACGUAAGAGUGUACUACUUGGCCACGAGCUCGGAUCAGCCUCUGAAGGUGUUCACUGGACAUACAGCCAAAGUGUUCCACGUGCGCUGGUCUCCUCUCCGAGAGGGAAUCCUGUGCAGCGGCUCAGACGACGGGACGGUACGUAUUUGGGACUACACUCAAGACGCCUGCAUUAACGUGCUGAGUGGACACACAGCUCCAGUACGUGGUCUGAUGUGGAACUCAGAGGUACCGUACCUGCUCACCUCGGGCAGUUGGGACUACACCAUCCGUGUGUGGGACACCAGGGAUGGGACCUGCCUGGACACCGUCUAUGACCAUGGAGCUGAUGUCUACGGUCUAACAUGCCAUCCGAGUCGCCCGUUCACCAUGGCGUCCUGCUCUAGAGACUCGACCGUGCGUCUGUGGUCACUCACCCCUCUCAUCACUCCGUUGCUCAUCAACAUCCUGACUGAACACAGCUGGGACGACAUCAUCGGAAACACAGACCGGGCGAUGGUUCCCGGUGCUCCCCCUCUCCUCUGUGGUAAAGUAUCCAGAGACAUAAAGCAAGAACUCGACAAACUUUCCAGUGAUGUACGAACAAAGAAACUGCGCUGGUUCUCUGAAUGCUUCUCGCCUCCAGGAGGGAGCCAUAACCUGUGGGACCUGGUGGCUGUGAUUAAGGGACAAGAUGACAGUUUACUGCCACAAAACUACGGCCAGGGCAUCAUGCACAUGAAACACCUCGUCCGCUUCAAAACCUCGGAGGCCCAGGAGCUGACUAUCGUGAAGAUGUCGAAGUUUGGCGGAGGGAUUGGAGCACCCAGUAAGGAGGAAAGACUGAAAGCUGCAGCAGAAAUCCAUCUGAGAUUGGGACAGAUCCAGAGAUACUGUGAACUCAUGGUCGAGCUGGGAGAGUGGGAGAAGGCGUUGUCCGUGGCUCCCGGUGUCUCCAUGAAAUACUGGAAGAAGCUAAUGCAAAGGAGAGCAGAUCAGCUCAUGCAGGAGGGCAACGAUGACGUGAUCCCAUACUGCAUUGCCACAGGCGACGUGAAAAAGCUGGUGAGUUUCUUCACCUCCAGGGGGCAGUUAAAGGAGGCGCUGCUGGUGGCGCAGGGAGCAUGUGAAGGUAAUAUUCACGGGCCUGCGAUUCCCUCCAUCACCCACUCAGCUUCCACAGACAACGAUAACACUGAGAUCUACACUGGGCUGUUGCAUGGAGUGUGUCGGGAACUUGCCGAGUGGUAUUUUCAGGAGGGUUGUGCAGUGCAGGCAGCCUGCUGUCAUCUGGCUGUAGAUAACACCGAGUUGGCUAUGGCCAGUCUCAUCAGAGGCAAUGAGCUGGAGCUGGCGGUGUGUGUGGGGACGGUGCUGGGAGAAUCAGCACAAGAAGCCACUCAUUAUGUUCUGGAACUACUGGCCAGGAAAUACAUGACCACAGCCACAUGCUUUCCAUGCAUCAGAUACAGGGACUUGGCCGUCAGGCUCCUGCAGAUGAUCCCCGAUAACGAGAUGCUCUUAGUCAAGCUGUGUGCUUUUUACCCGGGCAGCUCAGCCGAACGCAAUGACCUGCACGACAAGUGUGGCUUGCCGAGUUUGGAGGAGUGUAAGGGUCUGGCGGAGGAGGCUCACAGUCAGGGAGAAAUCUUACAGGCAGUGAAGUAUCACCUGCUCAGCCCUGAACCUGAGAAGGCCCUCCCAAUCGGCAUUGCAUUCAUCAAAGAGCAGUUGAUCUCUCCUGAUUGGACCAUAGACUCGGUUUAUCCCGUCCUCGACCUGCUGAGCUACAUCAGGACGGACCGGCUCAUUCUGACCAAGUGCAGUGAGGAGCGUAACGAGCUGCUCAUUCUCUGCGGCUACAUCGGAGCAUUAUUGGCUAUAGGAAGGCAGUACUCCAGCAUCGUCCCUGCACUGUAUGAAUAUACGAGUCAGUUGUUAAAGAGGAGAGAAGUCAAUUUACCGCUGCAGAUUGAACAGCUAUCAGUGGAGCUGGAGGCCUGGAGAGCCUGCACACACACUCUCAACAAAGGAGUGGAGGAGACACCAUACACUCCUCCGACAGAGGCACGGAGAGCAGAUUACACACGCCUCCUGAGCCGAAUGAGGGCGGAGCCUCUGAAGAGCCUGCAGGGGCCGGACUAUGUCACAGGCUCCAGCCUACCCAGCCACUCAGACGUCCAGAUUUCCUGCUUUACUGGCCUCAGGAUACAGGGUCCCGUGUUCUUCCUGGAGGACGGCAAGUCAUCCAUUUCGCUCAAUGAUGCGUUGAUGUGGGCCAAGGUGAAUCCAUUCUCUCCACUGGGGACGGGGAUACGCCUCAAUCCCUUCUAA